AUGAAAACGCAUAAAGAAAAAACAUUAAAGAUAAGCAACGUGUAUCUAUAUAAAGACAAUCAAUUGGAGCUCAUAAAAGAAUUAGAAAAUGUCUUCAUAAGGGGAAUAUUCACAUGUGGUCAUAGUAUAAAUAUUUUGUUAGAUCCAAAAGAUGGAGUUACACAUAAUAAUACAUUUAUAAAGUUGGAUAACCAGACAUCGAAUGGAACAUGUAGCAGUGGAAAAAGUUACUUAAACAUAUCCCACAAGGGUGCAAACGAUUCAGAAUUUCUAACAAAGGACUUUGUUUUAUAUACAUUUGAAAAUAGGAAAUCAAAAAGUGCGAGCGGUGGAGCAUCACACAAUGGAGAAAUAGCUACAUCUUGUGAAAAUCUUACUAAUAACAAUUCAUCAAAAGUAUUACAAAGGAGAGAAAUAAAAAACAAACUCGUGAAUAAUGGAAGAAAUUCUAUGUGGCAUUUCACUCUUCCAAAUUCGAAUUACAUUUCAAAUGAGGAAAUGGCAAAUAUUUCACCAAUCAUAGACGCACAAAAUUACGCAAAAUGUCUACCCCAAAAUACAAAGAAAAUUUUUCUAGGGGAAUAUCAAUUUUAUGGAAUUGAUGAAGAAAAAAAAAUUUUAACAUGGCACACAGAUGUUCAUACAAAAGAUAAAAUAAUUUAUAACUAUCACACAAAAUUUGUUACCUACAUAAAUCUUUUUGAAAAAAUAAAAGUUGUAGAUAUAUCAUGUGGACAAAGUCACACUCUGUUUCUAACUCAAUGUAAAAAUUGCUAUGCCAUGGGAAGUAAUGACAAUUACCAAAUAUCCUCAGAAAAAAUAAAUAAUAAUAAAAUUUGUUUUUACUCUACUCCUCAACUGAUUAGAUUAGAUAAAGAUGUUGUUAAAAAAGUUAAAUGUAUUUCUGCAGGAUAUUCACAUAAUAUAAUUUGCACAUAUCGAAAUGAGGUGUACGGAUGGGGAAAUAAUCUGCACGGUCAGCUAUUUCUGAACAAGCAAUUUGUAAAAUCUCCUACUCUUAUAUUAAAUCCGAACAUAUGGACCAACUUGAUGAUAAAAAAAAGGAAACUUAAAAAGGAGAUACUCAAAAAUAAUUUCGCACGUGCAACUAGCCAAAUUGGAAAUGAUACAGAGUGCAAAUGCAAAGAAGAAAUAAAUAACUACAUCUUUUCUUCUUCCCUCUCCCCCUUCUCAAUCAAUGAACAGAAGAAAUACACAGUAGAACCCAUGAAAAGGGAUAAAUUGUGGAAUGUAAAACUAAUCAAAUGCAUUGAUGAAGAAUGUGAUAAAAUAAAAAAAAGGAAAGAAAAAAAAAAAUUUCAAAUUGGAAAAAUAUGUUGUGGAUUUUCUUUCUCUUGUCUACUUUUGAAAAAUAAAAACUGCUACGUAAUUGGAAAAACAAAUGUAACAUGUCCCAGUGAAGCAGAAAAAAUAAAUACCCUUGUAAGGAUAAAUAAAAAAAAAUACAUAGACGACGUUUACUGUAAUUUUUUUAACAUCAUUCUUGUACAUAAUUUUAAAAUAGAAAAAAUCAUCCCCAGAAUUAUUCAUCCCAAUUCUGAAAAGACCAUUUUAAUUUACACAAAUUUACCCCUUAAGGAUUUUCUGAAUUAUAGGAUCAAAUUGAACCAUAGAUAUGCACAUAAAUGGGAGAACAUAGAUGCCAUCAGUGAAAAAUCUUCCGAUUGCAAAAAUGAUGAAACAUCAACUCAUGUGGAUUUAUAUGUAUGCUAUCAAAACGAGACUGGAAAUGGAGAGAAUAAGCACGGACGCACAAGUUGCGACAAUUGUAGAAAUGGAAAAUAUCCUGGGAGUAACAGAGGGGGAGAUCAAAAAUUGAGAAAUAAGAUGGACAUAUAUACUCACGCAUUAGAAGAAAAAAAAGAAAUAUAUUGUGGAUCUUACAAAAUGAAAGAAAGGGAAAUGAACAAACAACUGUUUUUAAAAUUGUAUAAUGAAAAACAUUGUAUAGAGAAUAAUCAAUGUAGUAUUGUGCUAUCUGAAUAUAAAGGACAAGUGAUUCAUCUAUCCCCUAACAAUUGCGCACUAAUGAAAAAUAUAAAAUUAAAAGUUAAAAUUAAGAAGGUACCUAUCAGUGUACAACCAUAUGACAUAUACAUUCUUUAUCAUUUCACAGAUGAGUAUCAAAAUGAAAUUUUUAAAUUUAGCAAAGGAAAGCUUAGAAGAGGUGGAACUUACAUUUAUACAAAAUUCCCUUGCUUAAGACAAGAAAAUUUUUUUAAAUCUACAAAUCAAACAUUAACUAAAAUUAAUAGCAAGGAUAUUAUUUAUACCAAGUGUGAUACUGGAAACACUCUUGAAGAAAAAUAUCCCAGAGGACAGAACCCGAUCCUCAUAAACACAUUUACAAAAUGUAACGUUUACUACUCCCUUGGAUAUAAUUUCUAUCCACAUUCUCUCCCAAUAACAAUAAUCAAACCAGAAAUAUUAAACAUUGUGCCAGAUUUUAUUUACAUACAUGAUAAGAAACUGAUUCAUAUAAACAUGAUGCAUUUAUGCAGUAACUUUGAAUUCAUUUAUGUCACUUUGUCUAAUCCCACAUUUUCCAUUAUACGUAAAAAAGCUCAUUACAAUUCGACGCAAGGAAAUUUCUUUUUCUCCUCCCCCUUAAUUCCGAUUGGGAAAUUUAAAAAGGCUAAUCUAGAUUUCAUAAAAUUCCACGUAUUCGUCUCGUACAAUAAUGUUGAAUACAGUCAAAACGAAAUUAUUCUGACCAUUUCAAAUGUCAGUUCAUAG